AUGAAAAUGAUCUCCGGGUACACAGCAAACGGAGACCGUCUGCAACAGCUAAAAGCCUUUGACGAGUCCAAAUCUGGUGUCAAGGGGAUCGUCGACAAAGGCAUCACAAAAAUCCCACCAAUUUUCGUUCGGCCGCCGGAAUUUUCUGGCGGCGACAAACCAAGUUCCGGCCAUCGAACUCGAACCCAGUUCAGUGUUCCUGUUGUGGACCUCACCGACACAGUCGGCCGGCGUGCUGACGUGGUUGCCGGAGUUCGGCGUGCCGCAGAGACUGUUGGGUUCUUCCAGGUGGUGAACCAUGGGAUACCCAAGAGAGUGUUGGAUGAGAUGUUGGCGGCGGCGCGUGGGUUCCACGAGCUGCACAGGGAGGUGAAGUCUGAGUACUACAGCAGGGAGCUGCUGAGGAAAGUCAAGUUUGGAAGUAACUUUGAUCUGUAUCAGUCAAGGUUUGCUAAUUGGAGGGACAGUUUGUUUUGUGUCAUGGGUCCUGAGCCUCUUGAUCCUCAAGAAUUGCCUCUAAUUUGCAGAGACAUAACUAUGGAAUACUCUGAAAAUGUUCACAAAUUGGGUGUCACAUUGUUUGAAUUGCUAUCGGAGGCACUUGGGCUCAAACCUGACCACCUUAUUGGGUUGGAUUGUGCAAAGGGGCAUCUUAUUCUUAGUCACUACUAUCCACCGUGCCCUGAGCCUGAACUCACAAUGGGCACCAGCAAACACUCAGAUCCUGACUUUCUCACCAUCCUACUCCAGGACCAAAUUGGUGGCCUCCAAGUUUUGUAUGAGAACCAGUGGAUUGAUGUUCCUCCUGUGCCUGGAGCUCUUGUAGUCAACAUUGGAGAUCUCUUGCAGGCAAGCCCUCUAAUUCCUCUAACAACUAUAUUUAAGAGCGUAGAACAUCAGGUGCUUGCAAACCAUGCAGGGCCAAGAGUGUCCAUUGCCUGCUUUUUAACCCCGCAUCUUCACCCUUCGACAAGGUUGUACGGCCCCAUAAAGGAGUUGUUGUCAGAAGAUCGUCCGCCUGUUUACAAAGAAACCUCACUGAAAGACUUCAUUGCCUACUACGAUAAGAAAGGGCUUGAUGGAAACUCUGCACUAACACAUUUCAAGUGCCAAAGACGAAGACCAAAAAGACAGAAGGAAACGGACAAGUGGGGUUAUGUCUCUGCUGAUAACAUGGUGUCCCCGAAUUCAACAAACCAAGCCCGUCUCCAACAGCUAAAGGACUUUGACGAAUCAAAAGCUGGUGUCAAGGGGAUCGUUGACAAAGGCAUCACAAAAAUCCCAUCAAUUUUUGUCCGGCCACCGGAAUAUUCCGCCUCCGGCGACCCAAGUUCCAGCCAACCAACCCGAACCCAGUUCAGUAUACCUAUCGUGGAUCUCGCUGACACUACCGGCCUGCAUGAUGACGUGGUCGCCGGAGUCCGGCAGGCAGCGGAGACUGUCGGGUUCUUCCAGGUGAUGAACCAUGGGAUACCCAAGAGAGUGUUGGAGGAGAUGUUGGCGGCGGCGCGUGGGUUUCACGAGCUGCUGACGGAGGUGAAGGCUGAGUACUAUAGUAGGGAGCAGAUGAGGAAGGUUAAGUUCAGGAGUAACUUUGAUUUGUAUCAGACAAAGUUUGCUAGUUGGAGGGACAGUUUGUUUUGUGUCAUGGGUCCUGAACCUCUCGAUCCUCAAGAAUUGCCUGACGUUUGCAGAGACGCAACCAUGGAGUACUCAGACCAUGUUCACAAAUUAGGUGUCACAUUGUUUGAAUUGCUAUCUGAGGCACUUGGGCUGAAAUCCGACCACCUUUUAGGCUUGGAUUGUGCAAAGGGGCAUGUAAUUCUUAGCCACUACUAUCCGCCAUGCCCUGAGCCUGAACUGACUAUGGGAACUACCAAACACUCAGAUCCUUCUUUUCUCACCAUACUACUUCAGGACCAAAUUGGUGGCCUCCAGGUUCUGUAUGAAAACCAGUGGGUUGAUGUUCCUCCUGUUCCUGGAGCUCUAGUUGUGAACAUUGGAGAUCUCUUGCAGGCAAGCCCCUUUCUAUGUUUCAGCAUGCUUGUAUCCAACGACAGGUUUAAGAGUGUGGAGCACCAAGUGCUUGCUAACCAUGCAGGUCCAAGAGUAUCUGUUGCUUGUUUUUUCACCCUGAAUUUUUACCCAUCCACAAGGUUGUACGGUCCCAUAAAGGAAUUGUUGUCUGAAGAUCAUCCGCCUCUAUACCGGGAAACCUCACUGCAAAACUUCAGUGCUCACUACGACGGAAAAGGGCUUGAUGGGAACUCUGCACUAACACGUUUCAAGUGGCAGAGGCAACAAUGA